AUGCGGAAAGCCCUUGGAGGGGCUGCCGCGGCUGCUGUUACGGGCGGCGGCAGUGGUGUUGUUAGUCGCUGCGCCAGCGGUGACGCUGCCGCCAUGUUCGGGGUGUUUCAGAACGUGCACGUAAAUCGCUUUCCGGUGCGCGCGGCGAUAGACAUUGGGACGGGCGGGAUGAUCUCCAUGACGGUUGGACGCGUUGACGCGGCGCACAAUGCUGUGCGUGACUUUAUUUACCAGACGCAGCUGCCGCUGCACCUCGUGUCCGCCAACGCCGACGCGGCCUCGGGUGCCUCUCUGCAUUCCUCGGACGCGUCUGGAACAACACCUCCCGUCUCGUUUGUUCUCAGCGAGGCGACACGAACCGACAUUCGAAACAAAAUGCGCAUGCUGCAUGGGGCGUUGCGUCGUGACCAAUACGAUGGUCUCAGUGAGCGGGCUGCCGUAAUCACGUGGCCGCUGUGUCAUGCCGCAGACGCCGUGUCCCUGGCGGAAGAGCUGACGCUUGAAUUUAAGGUGGACGUCCGCGUGUUGGGGAAGACAUUUCAGGUGGGCACUUUAAGCCAUAACCCAGAGCCCGCGUUGGGGACCGAAGGAGCGGCGCGGCCUCCUCUGCGACAAGGGGCGAAAAACAUUUCUGCCAUUCAGGCGAAGCUGAGCAGCGGUGAGGAUGACAGCUUGCAGUUACUUAUGCAGCAGAUUGUUUCUCGGCGGGAUAAGCGACGUGGGCGACGCUGCGGCACCGGCGACGAGGAGGAAAAUCGCCGCCACACGAAUGCCAUUGCGGCCUGCGCGGUGCCGCCAAGGCAACAACUGGAGCAGCUGGCGUUCCUUGCACACGCAGCCGUCAGCAAGUGCGUUGCGCCACAGCGAAUGCUUGUUCUUGCGGAGGACCGCCAUAAGGGUCUCUGUAUUCUUGGCGCUGACACGGCCGAGACGGACGAGCUGGACGAGGAUGGCGCAAAUGCUCUGGUUCCACGCCCUGCGGCGGUGUCAAGUGGUGUGCUGUUACAUGUCUUGCCUGUCGAUAUCUCUGCGGCGCAGCGUCUGUUGCUCACGGCAGUGCAGCGUCGUGCGGAUGGGCCUGCAGGCACCGAGGAGCGACGCAGCCCCAACCCUGUGCUUCGUGAAGAGUUGAGGCAUCUGCGGCGCCUACUGGAGGAAAUGAUACGCCCAACCCUACCGGCAUGGGUAGAGCAGAAGUCUCGCGCCGGUGGACUCAUCUGUGGCUCAGGCUUUAAUGGUGGUGUGCUUAACGUCGCUGCCAGGGUGGCACAGCGGACAAAUGUUACACUGGAGCACCUUGACACGCACGCGGAGAUGCAUUACUGCGGCCUCACGGACGUGUUACUGGCGGUAAACUAUCCGGACCCAACGACCGUGUUAACAAAUGCCGCCAUCGCCAGUGCGUUGAUGCGUGCACUGGAGACGAACCGUUUUGAGUAUUUGCCGGCGGUGGGCAUUGCUGCCGCACUAUUAGUUGAGCCCUCGCUAUGGAUGUACGACAGACGUGAGAAGGUGCGGGCGACGCUGCAGAGGAAGAAGUUCUUCAACGGCUCUGUUGCGCAACGCACAUUCCGUCGGCCGCACGCUCGUGAAAAUCCUGCCGCAGCUCCAGACGCAUCAUGGCAACUCAACCAAUCGUGGAAUCCGCUGUCGUACAGGAACAGCACCAGGGGUACAUGA